GAGUCUCCUUUCCACAUGUGCACAGUAUGUUCACGUCCACUGGACUUUGUUAAGGUGAACGCGGUCCCCCCCUAUAUCAUCCCAUCCAGAUGUGCGCACUGGUUUACAGACAACUCGCUUCCAGAGAGGACUGUCACUUCUUGGAUCCGUACAUCAAGCACACCAGCAGAAAUGAACGCCAAAUUAAUCCUGGCACUGGCCCUUGUUCUGCAGGCCUCCGUGAGCUUCUGUGAGAUUCCUGCACCCUCCCAGGAGCUGGUUCAGAAAUACGAGUCGUUGAGGGACACCUUCUACAGCAGGCUGCGGAACGCGUACAGCAAGCUGCAGACCACCGUGGGAGAGAACGAGCAAGGGCAAAAUGCACAGAACUUUAUCGAAUCUCUGAAGGACAAGCCUGAGCUGCAAGCUAUUGUCAAGGUUGCAAGCGGUCUGGGUGCAGAAGCACGCCCUCUUGUCGACAGAGCCCGCACCUCGCUGCUGGGUUUGUACGAAGCCUACCUGCGCCCCCAUGUUGGCACCGGACUGAGCGACACCAUCGACCGAAUCAAGGUCUACCUGGACGAAGUCAUGCCCGCUCAGUAAAGAAAAACCAGCAGUUUUAGAUUUUAGCCGAUAGAAUCGACACCGGUUUAGGCUUGAGAGGAACGAGAUUCAGUGCAAACACAAUUCUUUGCCUGUUAAUAAAUCAGCAUUUUAAUUAAUAAAUCACUGCAAACACUAUCUAUGAAAGGUCUGCAUGUACAGUAUUAUCUGUUUGAUACACUAACAAAACUCUGUGUGUUCGUGUGUGUGUGUGUGUGCGCGUGUGUGUGUGUGUGCGCGUGUUCAAUAAAAUUAAUGGAAACUA